UUUAGAUCACGGUGAUACUACCCGGUACAUACACCUUUUAGUAGAGCUAGGCCUAUACUUGGAUUAUUCGGAAACACGUACCCCACGCACGGAGAUAUCUGAGAUAGAACUGUAUAAGCCCUACUCUAUCGCGAUCGGGAUCUGUAGAUCUACACGGAAAAGACUCUAGCUGGACUCAAACCUAACAUCGGAACAUAUUCCUCUGAUACAUCUGUGUCUAAAACUGUUAUUGUUAACGUUAUACCUAGGCCUAGUACUUUAUCGCCUCGGCCUAGUCCUUUAAUUCGGAUAUAGAUCCACGGAACCAAUUUAUUAUUCCUCGGAGACUUCUGACACGUAGAGGGUCUACACGUGAAAAUAAACUCCGAUUUUAGUCGCAGGUAGGCUACCGUAACCUGCCGACACGAGAUAGGCCUAGGCUACACUGUGCUACAGCAGUCUACCUUCUGCUUGUGUUCCUCGAUUUCGUCGACCAUUAUAUCGCGGCUCACAUCAAAACUUGAGUGGCUCAAUGAAAGAAUCGAUGCCUCAGGAUGGGAAAACAUAAAGCAUCAACCAGCAGAGGAGGCAGGGGAAAAGGAGCAAGAGGUUCAAGGGGACGCCCACGGAGUACGAGUCUACGCAGUCAGACACGGGCAACGAGAGCUACAACGGAGAGCCAGGCAAGCCAGCAGCCGACCGGGCCGGGGGUGAUCGAGCCUUCACUAGGCGAUGGACCAGAGAUAGCUCAACAAGCAACCACCUCCCACUCACUUCAACCCCCGACGAGCCACCAAUCAUCCGAUGGGGAGGUUCCGCCAACUCGCACCAGAGGCAGAGGACAGCCCAACACCAAUACCAGAAUGCCUAUGGCAGAUUUAGAGGGAGAAACGUAUCGACUGUUGUCUAAGUCAAUAGCAGAAGGGACAAAAGUUUGUUAUCAGGGAGCAGUCAAUUCAUUCCAGAAUUUCCGUAUACAAUACAACUUAGACACAUCCUGGCCUGCAUCGACAGAGCAGGUAAUGGCCUUUAUCGCACAGCUUUCUCUUAAUGGGUUGGCAGCGUCAACGGUUACACAAAGAAUAGCUGCUCUGUCAUAUCUACAUAACAUGUAUGAAUGGCAGGACCCAACAAAACACUUCCUUAUUAAGAAAAUGCAAGAGGGCUGUCGCCGAGGGCCAAAACGGAAAGACAGUCGCCUCCCAAUCACAUUAGCAUUGUUAAGUAAACUCCUUCCAACCCUUAACAAUGUGUGUUCAUCGUUCUAUGAAGCUUGUUUGUUCCAGGCAGCAUUUCUUCUUGCUUUUUAUGGUUUUUUGAGGGUAGGUGAAUUCACAGCUAGGGGCAGACUAGGAGACACCAAGAAAAUAAUACAGCUCCAAGAUAUCCAAGUAGGGAACGGGCCCCUCCGCACCAUGUUGGUAAAAAUCAGAUAUUCAAAAACAGAUCAGUACGGAUCCUCCACCACCCUUAGUAUAAAGGAGAAUGGUAUUCUUGGUGGGUGCCCAGUUGUCGCAAUGAUAAGGUUCCUUGAUCUCAGGCGCAAGAAUUCAGGCCCUCUAUUCUGCCAUAUUAAUGGAUUACCGUUGACUAGAUACCAGUUCGGGGCAGUCGUGAAAAAGGCCUUAAGAUCAACAGGGGCUGAUAUUGACCAGUAUGGAACACAUUCAUUUCGAAUUGGGGCAGCGACAACGGCAGCCUUAAAUGGUGUCCCACCAGAUAAAAUCAAGGAAAUGGGGAGAUGGCAAAGUGAAACCUAUAGGUCAUAUGUCAGAAUAUAGCCCAAUCCUAGUGAAAUUAUGGUUAGUUUCAUGUACAAUGCAACUCCAAUUUAAAGAAAAUUAGGCUAUUACAUGUAUAAUACAAUUCCAACUCGAAGAGAAUUAUGUGCUUGUAAAGUGUACCGUGACAAAUCCACCUGAAAUGGAACUAUGUAUCUUUCAUGUUCCAGCUAAUUCCAAAGCAAAAGAAGCAUGGGUAAAAUGUUACAGGUUUUGAGGUACCAAUUUAACUUCAACUUAAGGAUAAAUUAGAGUGGUGGCAGCCAAUACUGACGUUAUAUCAAUGGAGAUCUAUUACAUUUAAAUGAAUAAAUCUUGUGGAAACAUGAAACCUAAGCCGGAGAUUAAUUACCCUGGGCACCGCCAAUACAAGGCAAAUACAGGGAAAGACAGAUUGUGGAAUGUCAUGCUUACUUGUACGUUAUUUCAUCAGAAUUACUCAAUUUCUUGCAGAACCCCCUGGCAUAUACAUAAGGCUCAUAUGAACAGAUGUUCAUUGCCAGAUUCAGUAAACUCAUUUAAACCAUUAUCAAUUGGUAUUUAUCCUUGAAUAUGAUUAGGUGUAUUUACAUGCAACGUACCAAUACAACUCCAGCUUAGAUAUAAUUACCGGUAUGUACAAUUAUAGUUACCAUACAUAACCAUACAUACCCACACAUUUGGCUACCAAUAAAUUAUCCCAUAC